AUGGCCUCAAUUGGUGUGUUCCUAACACUCUUGUGCUUGCUAGCGUCCACGUUCCGUGUGGACGCUAGCAAGCAAGGCCUUGUCGUUGAGGAACUCACAAAAUUCCCCCACGGCUUUGGAAAACAAAGUAUCGUGAAUUUCCGAGUCUUUGUCCAGGAUCUCGGCGUGAACCACCCCAACACCACUACGUACGACGUGGCACAAGCCUCCAUCUCCAACACCUCGAAGACGGGCUUCGGCAAAGUCCGCGUCAUCGACGACCUCGUCACGGCCGGGCCGGAGGGCGACUCCAAAGCGCUCGGGCGCCUUCAGGGGCUCCUCACGAGAGCCGACCUAAACACGCUCGCCAUCGCGGUGAACCUUAACUUCUACUUCUCGGCGGGGCCCUACGCGGGGAGCACGCUCAGCAUUCUCGGCCGGAACGAGAUCGGCCUGGCUGAGCGGGAGCUCGUGGUCGCCGGCGGCACCGGAGUUUUCCGAUUUGCACGUGGAUACGCAAUUCAAAAGACUAAUUCAACAGGAACAAACAUAUCGGUGUUGGAUUACAACAUCUACACCACCUACAGUGGAACACACAGUGAAAUGUGA